AUGCAGUUCAUCGCCGUCGUCCUCGCCGGUGCCGCUGUUGCCACCGCCAGCUACGCUCCUCCGCCAAAGGACAGCUACGAGGCACCAAAGUACGAGGCCCCAGCUCCUCCGGCCUACGCUCCCCCAGCGUACACCACCCCCGAGGCUCCAGUGUACUCUGCUCCAGCAUACACCCCAGCGCCAAACGCCACCGCUUCCUACCAGAAGCCAAGCUACGUGACUGAGGUCGUCUCCUCGUACGAGACUUACUGCCCUGGCCCAACCAUGAUCACCCACGGUGCUUCCACCUACACCGUCACCGAGGCCACCACCCUCACCAUCACCAACUGCCCAUGCACUGUCACCAAGCCAGCUUACACGUCAGUCGUCACCGCAUGCUCUACCUGUGCCCCAGUGUACAAGCCAACCACCCCAGUUAUGGCUCCAUCGAUGCCAGCUAGCUACCCAGCUCCAGCUCCAUCGAUGCCACCCUACCAGCCACCAGCUGGCCCAGUCCCCCCACCAUACCACGGCAACAACACCACUCCAUACAGCCCAACCAAGCCAACUGGCACUGGUUCAUACACCACUGCCCCACCUAGCUACACUGGUGCUGCCAACAAGGCUUCCUUCGGUGUUGCCGGCCUCCUGGCCGCCGCUGGUCUCGUUGCCGCCCUCUAA